GUGAAGUGGCAGGGGCUGGGUUGAGCAGCAGCAUGUCCGUCACGGCUGACAGAGCCAUAGUGAAGAAGGAGCUGCUGUCCGUGGUGGCCGGAGGAGACAAGUACCGGGUCAAUAACAAGCACGAUGACAAGUAUGAGCCACUGCCACCCAACAAAAUCGUCCAGAAGGCAGAGAAGUUGGUGGGGAAGGACAUCCCCUAUUCAGUGACCAGCCAGAACUGCGAGCACUUUGUGAACGCGCUGCGCUAUGAAGUUUCCCGCAGUGACCAGGUGACUGACGCGCUCACCAUCGGUGCUUCCUCACUUCUCUUUGGUAUUGCAGGAUUUCUCGGGACGAUGCUGACCAGAAGCAAUCACUAAAACUAAUAAGUCCAUGGCAUUAUCUUGGUGGCACCAGUUAGCUUGGGGGAGUUUGAGCAAAUCGGUGAAAGUAGUUUGGCCUAGAGAGUUAACUCUUUGUAAUCACGAGCACUUGAUUUCAUGAAGCUGAAUCAAAGCAUAGGAAGCUUUUUCCUGAGGGAGAUGCUGCAUCGCCCAAAAUCUAUUAAAGAGCUGGUUGCACAAUGUCAUAGUCUCAAUGUUUGUGUCCC